CCAGUGGAAGCGGAAGACGCCAGGGUGAAAUCUUGCCCAAUCUGGCAACAUUUGCGGCCGCCCUCUGACUGGACGGAAGUCAUUUGGGAUUCAGGAAAAGAUGAAACUGCGAUGCGACGUUUCUUGGUCCAAUAAUAACAAUAUACUAUUGAAUAAUCAAGCCAAACGAAGAAGUUCCGCUUUCUUGUAACUCAGUUGUGUAUGACAUGACGUGUUAUGUAAAAAUGGCUUUGAGUAUGGAAUGUAAAACGUGUAUAUUCCUCUUUUCAUUGUUGCUACGUCCUGGAUCUGCUUUUGUGCCGUCGGCCACCAACAUUUCCCUGGACUGUCACAAUUUUAUAAACAUCCUCCGCUGGGACUACAGCGACCAUGCCACUCUGAAGCCCAACUUCGAAGUGACCGUCAAAAAGCUAGAAAGCGCGCCAAAGCCGAUCCGGGUGGACUACCCAAACCUCCAGUGCGACCUUUCUGCCUUCAGCAGUCCCGACAACGACUACAGCGUCACGGUGACGGCCGUGGUGGGGCUGAACGAGAGUCUCCCGGCUCCGCUGAACAGUUUGACCUUCAGCUACUUCCACAGCUCUCCGUCGGAGCAGCUAUGUUCAUUGGACCUUCCGCCCGUCAACGUCACUUUCCAACCGGAUGUUGGAAUCAUGAUCAGUUUCAGCCAUCCUGCUGUGCUGUACGGCCAAAGGCGGUUGAACAAGCCAAAGAGAAAAGCGAAAAUGUCCGAAUUCAAUUACGAAGUGGUAGUGACCGGCGACCAGAAGAAGUACGGCGGCAAAUGUAAGAUGGACGUGUGUGAGAAGGUCAUCCCAGCAGGGCUCCAGCAGGACUGUGUGAGGAUCGACGGCUACUGGAACAAAACAACCGUCCUAAGCACCCAGGACUACUGCGCCCGGGCCGCCCCCGCCCCAUCCCCCGCUUACCAGGGUCUGUUCAUCGGGCUUGGGGUAUGUUUCGUCGUAGCACUCCUAAUCCUUGCGUUUGCUUUCAUCUGCAAGAGAGUCAGAGCCUCCUCCCAAAUACCUUACGCUCUGUCCUUCCCUGAGAGGCAGGACCAUAGCCACAGCCCGCUCAUCCAAGAUCAAAAUCUGUCUCCGGUGUCCCCUGGGGCCUUUUACAAUGGGGACCGCCUCACGAUCACUGCAGUAGACCAGAACGGGAUCGGAUCCGUGCAAAGCGUCAUCACUGAAGCGGAGAUGGAGCCCGAGCGGCCCCGCCCCGCCGGGAAGCCGGCGGUGCCCAACGGGAGCAUGCCGUUGGCCCCCAGGUUGAAGCCAGCAGCAGAGGCUUCCGGGAUGGACCCCGCCAGGAAUGACCCAGGGGUGGCCGCCCGUGCCGCGGGGCAGGGUGACCCGGGAGUGCAGCCCCAGGUGGGGGAUGACCCAGGAGGGGCAGCAGGCGCCCCGGGGCCCCUCCCGCUGUACGCAGACGUGGACGAGGGCGCCCUGGGAGGGGAGCCUCCCGAUGAGUCCCUGAACGAUUCGGGUUACGAACAACGCGUGAGGGUGGAGCUCACUCCUGGGGAUACUGUCGAUGCCUACCUUGGUUGAGCUAACCUAAGAAGCAAAAGUGUGUAUUCAUGAUGGUGAAUUAUGGGAUGCUCAGGCAUAUGUGUGCGGUUGACUUGGCAGAAUUCAACAGACCCUCGCAAUUUGAGUCAAUAAUUUUGCAUUGCAUGAUAUUCUGUUAACAUUGAAGUGGAUAUUGGAACUGUUAAACGUUUUUUUUCAGUGAUGUAAUUUCCAAAAUUAGAGCCAGAGAGACAAACGGCAACCCUGCGAAACCGGGUCAUAUUUAUCCCUUCAAUCACAAUUGAUUCUGAUAUCCAUAGAAAAGGGUUUACAUUUAGGUGCCACUGAGGAAGGUAGGACAGAUGACCAGAGCACAAGGGAUAACAUUUUGACGACAUCACUUAAUCGGUGAAGUGGUCAAUACGUAGACGACACUGGGGAAAAACGGGUUGGCAAGACAAUACAUGCAAUGGAAAACAAAGCCUAUAUGACUAAAAGAUAGCGGCAUAUGGAUUUUUCCAUCACAGCCUCUAAUGCACUCCUUUCCACUAAUGCCCUCCCUGCCUCUUAUGGCCUCCUUUCCUCUAAUGCCCACCAUACACACUGUGAAGUGGACUUUCUUAAGUGCCGAGGGUAUGUUUAUAACCUAUAAUGUCAGGUAUAAUACGCCUAUCCCCAUAUUGAGUGAGGCGUUGACCAAGCCUCCGACCUGCACCUUAGUUCUCGUCCCAAAAAAAACAAGCCAGCUGCUGCUCUUUGAUGCAGCAUCUCUAGUCAUGCUCCUAUUGGCCAUUCUCCAUGACGUCGUAGUGGCCACUCGUCGACACUAUCUGCCAGCAUUUCAGAAAAUUUUCUGGAGGUCAAAUUGCACAUUUGCUGAAUUCCAUUAGUCGGGCAACACGCCGUUGUUGACCUCCCCUCGGCACUUGACCUCAGGGGACUCCCCGCCGCCAUCAUGAGUGUUGAUCACUGGUCUGAAGAACUGAACUGAGCUCGGUGGGACGGAGCCUCGGACAGCUGAGGGAGCUGGUCAGCAAAAAGGUCAAUGCACUGCUGUAUAUCGCCCACAGUUCAUUGCAGUUUUGCAUUUGGAGAAGAUGAACGCAUUGAGCAAUGCGCUUUUCAAUUAAUUCUUGUCUGUAUACGCAUAUGUUGGAAGUACGCAAACAUAUUCUCAUAUAUUCUACUAAUAUGUCAGCGUCAUGCCUGGUUGAGUCUGCAGGUGUUUGUGAUGUGGGUAAAAAGUUGUUUAGUUCUUGGCGUACAACAAGCAGUCUCUGGGCCCCUUCAAUCAAGUUGAAUGUUUCUGUAGGGAUCCUUUCAUUAAUGUUGGGGCAUAAACUGACCCACUAACACGCACUUUAGUAGGGCGUCCAUUGCUAUCUACCCAAAUCUCACUUUACCGUCUGCUUUCGCGGAUGGCGGGUGCAUUUUCCCUCAAUACUGUACAAAAAAACGUGUUGUCUGUUUUAACACGCCUUACAUGCUAAUUAGACUUGGAUACCUUGCUCUGAGACACGUUAAAACUUACACAGGAGUAGCAACGCACCUGAUCUAAAGCCCAGAAUCAGAUACCAUGUAAUGGUAUGCCUCAUAGUAUGUAUGGUCUACACUGUUGCAGGAGAUGUCUUCAGGGUUUGAUGCAAGAUAAAAUGCUCCUGUUGUCUCUACUGUGCAACAUGCAAUGUGAUUCACUUUGUUUUUUGGUUUCUUUUUAACCCUUGGGGCUCAUGGACAGAAUCUGCCAAACUGAAAUAUGUAAUACUCUCUUCAAAUCUGUAAUAUGAAAGGUUUACAAAUGAGCCAAUUACAAAUUUGUAAAUCAUUUGAAAAUAUUUCAGAUAAAAUGUUCCAUUAUAAAUAUCUACAAAUUAGCUAAUUUACAAAUGUAUAUAGGCGAACAUUAUGGCCGUGUUCACACAAGAGUUUGAAAUUCAAGCUUCAAUACAAGCUUCACGUCAAAGAAAAGUGGAAGCUUGUGUGUGUGCGUAGGUCCGGUUUACAUGGCGUAAACUUGUAAAGUAGGGCUAUGGUAUGUUCUGGCAUUACAUUUUUUUGUUGGACUCAAAGCACUUGGCCACUGGUCCGAAUUAAACCAGGUUCGCUGCUCAGUGUGUAAAUUGGUUGCAAGAGUUUUUCUCUAUAAUUUGCCAAGUCAUAUACAUUCAUUUUUACGCUUUAUUCAAGUCAUGAUUAUGUUGUACGGAGAGUACAUUUUUUUCUUGCUAUGUAGUUUAUAUUAAAUGAUCAGUUCAGUGUUUAUUGGAACUGUUUAACGUUUUUUUUCAGUGAUGUAAUUUCUAAAAUAAGAGCCAGAGAAACGGCAACCCUGCGAAACCGGGUCAUAUUUAUCCCUUCAAUCUGACUGCUGAGCUGUAUUCAAACUGUUGUGUUUUUGUGGAUGUUUCCUGAGUGACUGAUGCUAUGUUGGAUACAUUUUUGUUGAUUGGUAAAGAUAAAACCAUUGAUGUGCACUUGGUGUCCAUCUUUAAUUUGUUCCAAUUCAUGUCUGCAACUCAUUCCGUCGCAGGGCUUUUUGUGUUAAUGUAAAUGCUUAUUUUUACAACAUUUAUAAUUUUGUUGAUUUUCUGUGUCUUUUGUUAUCCAUAUGUUAUGAAUCGACAGUGGUCACAUAAAUAACUUUAAAUAAAUAAAUCCUGUGUUCUUGUGUUGGUUCGCUCCGAUAAUAGGCUUCACCUAUGUAUUAUCCUCUUGACAGGAAUUUAAAGGGGAUUGUUAACUUCUGUGAAACUGACCAAGAUUAGGGGAGGAAGAGGCAGUCUUUACCUUGUUGUGUCAGGAAAGAAACAGCACCUCUUUGUGUGUGUGAGUUGUGACAUUCAGAGAAAUCAACCUAUUUCCUCUUAUGUUUGUGUGUGUGUGUACGCAGCUUUUUUUUUUUAUAUCUUCCGCUUUAGGUUGCCUUCCUCUUCUGUGGUGGCUGAGAGAAAUUACUACCUUGUGUCUGACCUUUCAGAUUACACCUCUGAUCAAGCGCAGAUAUCGGAAGAUGUUUAGAGUUACAUUUCACCUGGAUUGAGAAUCGUCAUUUACAAAAAAAUGUAAUGUCAUAAAGUGUUCCAACUAACUCUAGUCGUUGAUUACACAGACAAUGAGGGAUGAGCUUUAUAGAGGAAAAGCAUUGUCCGGAUUAUUAAUAAAGAUUAUUAAAUACAUUUUUAAUUUGUUACAGUGAAAAGACCAACAACCCAACAACCAACAUUGCCCUAACUAAAUCCCCUCUAGUGCCUGUCUUUCUUUACUUAUUUGUUUAUUUAAAAAGGACAAUGCACUGAAAAUGUUAAUGUGCCAUAAUUAACAAAGAAAAAAACAUCAUCUGUAGUUUGUUGUAUAGUCCAUAUCUUUACAUUUGGGGUCCAUUGUGUUUCCCUUCCUGAUGCAGACCCUGUCUGUCCAUCAGUGUUGUAUUUAAGAUGUCAUUUAAUUUAAUAUAAUGUAUUCUGAUCUGCCCAAUGAGGGCCGAUGCACAUCCGCCUUCCCGGAUCACUGACACAUUUACAGAAAUAUAUUUUAAUGGGUACUGUCCAUGUCAAAUAAAAACCAAUAAAUACCUAAGAAAAGUUAUAGAGGAAGUAGUGAGAUUAUUCACAUAUUAGUUUAUCAUAAAUCUCAUUGAUUGUAAAAAAUGCACAUUUUAAAAUACAUUUUACACAAGUCAGCUGCCAAUAUUUGGGUUGGUGUCAUCACUGAAUGUCACAAAAUGUGUUACAUUGUCGGUCAUGCACUGACACUGCAGGUAUGAACACACUCCUCGGUGCUUCUUGGAGAACAGGGAUCUUCAACCCUUAAUAAAAUGUAUCAGCACACACUUGUAUAUUCCUACUGGAGGAAUUAAGAGAGAAUAACACAGAAUGGGAGAUGGCUAGAAUGCCGUAGCAUUCUUAAGGCACCUGAAUUUGUUUGAUAAU